CUGCUGCUGGCGGUGUGUGAGCGAAACACCAUCAUCGGCACCAGCUGCCAGGGCUCCAUGCUGCCCUCAAUUACCAACGUCAUCAACCUCGCUGACAGCCACGACCGCGCCGCUUUCGCCAUGGCAACGCAUGUCAAGCAGGAGCCACGUGAGAGAGAGAACAGUGAGACCAAGGAGGAGGAUGUGGAGAUAGACAUAGAGUUGGCACCAGGUGAUCAAACAGCCAUCCCAAAGAGUAAGGAGCAGGCGGAGAAAGACGCAGGAAACCAGCUUCACAUGCUGACAAACCGCCAUGACAAGUUCCUCGACUCACUACGGGAGGUCAAG